GCGACCUCUCCUUUAGAGGGGAGGGUCUAGUUUUUGUAAUUUGCUUUUAUUUCUACUUUUUCACUUGAGAGUUUUAGGAGUAAGAAGUGGAUAAACUCAAAGUUAGGUUGUGUACGGCUGACUCAGUGUUGCUUUGUGGUUAUCAACGUAAUUUUGUUGUCAUGGUGAGAAAAACAGAAUGUGGCCAAAAUGAAGAAAAGCUUCGAAGCCGCCAAACAUAGCUUUAUUGAAAACAAGACUGAUAUUGCGAGCAUGAUAUUGGAGUGGUCACGGACUUGGGUGUGAAUAUAUGUAUCCUGUAUAGUUAUGCACAUGAGCUCGAAUACUUUUAAAAAAAAUGAACGAUAUAUCAAAAACAAGGAGGAAGGAACAAUGAUGCCUUUGAAGUAACUUUUAAACAAGUUUCCAUUGACUUGAAGAAACUUUGUACAAAAAUGCAGAGAAAGGGAGGGUUUGAUCUGUUUCUCAACUGGCUAACAUGCAUUGCGGUUGUUUCUGCAUUAAUCAAAACCUGUAUGGGAGGUGAGUUAUAUGAAUCCAAAUCCUUUUUUAGCUUCAUUAGAUCUGUUGAUCCACAAAACGAACUUGGGAUUCAAUGGAACCACUUGUCACAAAAUCCAUGCUUGCAUAAGCCUAAUGGUGUGAAGUGCAAUCUGCAGGCUACCUCAAUAUUAGAAAUAAGGCUUGAAAAUCUGAAUCUUAGUGGUGUAAUAGAUGCAGAUGCCCUCUGCAAACUUCGAAAGCUUCAAGUUCUUAGCUUAUCGAGGAAUCUUAUACACGGAACGAUACCGAGCUCGAUAUCGUACUGCACUGGGCUGAGGUAUCUCAACUUAAGCAGCAAUUCGUUAAGUGGGAGAGUUCCUCACACUCUAACCAAGUUGAAGUAUCUCAAGAGUUUGGACAUCUCUAACAAUCAUUUUACCAACAUCGGUCCAUAUAUUGGAAAGGAAUUCGACCAUUCUAAUAAGUAUUUAAAGAAACCAGUUUCAUUACAAAGUGAUGGUCAUUUAAACACAAGAAGAAAGGAUGAACAAGCUGCAGGUGCCUCAAAAGAUUCCAGUGAAGAUAAUUCCAUCGAUCUAUUGGUUGUUUUGAUCCCUUUAUAUCUUGGCUUUGGGUUCCUCUUUGUGUUCUUAUACUAUAUGAGAAAGAGGGCCGAUAAAAUAGCGAAAGAGAAAGAAGCACAAAAGGUGCUUAAAGAAACACCGCUCAAACUCUCUCCGAUCAAUGCUAUACAGGAAGUGAAGCAAGAGGAUAGAAACCAAGCGCUUGUUUUUUUUGUUGAGGACCAUCAAAGCUUUAAACUAGAUGAUCUCCUCGAAGCCUCAGCUGAUUUACAAAGCCAGGGAAUUUGCAGUAGCCUUUACAAGGUAAUACUUAAGAACAAUGCCACUUAUGCUGUCAAAAGAUUGAAGAAGUUGCAAGUGUCUUUUGAAGAGUUCAGCCAAACAAUGACACGGAUCGGGAACUUGAAGCAUCGAAAUAUCCUACCUCUUGUUGGCUACAAUUGUACAAAUGAAGAAAAGCUUCUGUUCUACAAGUAUCAGAACAAUGGAAGCCUCCUAAACUUGCUAAAAGGCUACAUUGAAGGGAAAAGAGAAUUUCCGUGGAGACUUAGACUGACAAUAGCAAGUGGACUUGCAAGGGGUUUGGCAUUCAUAUAUCAGAAUCCAAAGGAUGCAGACGAGAUCAUUCCUCAUGGAAAUCUAAAGCUCUCAAACAUAUUGCUGGGUGACAGCAUGGAACCAUUGAUAAGUGAAUAUGGGAUUUCAAGGCUUUUAGACCCCAAAAAGAAUUCCCUUUUCUCCAAUGGUUAUACAGCACCCGAGAAAAGUUUAUCGGAAAAAGGCGAUGUUUUCAGCUUUGGAGUCAUCCUACUGGAGUUACUAACUGGUAAGACAGUGGAAAAAACCGGAGUAGACCUUCCGAAGUGGGUGAAGUCGAUGGUGAGGGAAGAAUGGACUGGAGAGGUUUUUGACAAGGAGGUCACUGAAACCGCAUUGCAGUGGGCAUUUCCUUUGCUAAAUAUUGCUCUGAAGUGUGCAUCUUAUUCACCACUAGAUAGACCAACUACAUCAGAGGUCUUGGAAACAAUCGAUGAGGCUUUGUCUGCACACGAUGAUCGUUCGGUUUCUUCGAUGUCUUCCUGGGAAUCAGGCCACCCAGAUUGCUGUAUACUUCACACUGUCAUACCUGAAACUUGGGAUACUCCAGGAUCAAAUUGUUAGUAGAAACUUCAGUAUGUUCUUAUAUUCCAUUCUCCCUUCAACACCGGAACAAUCUUAUCAUUUCGUUGAUUUUGCAGGAAGAAGCCCCUCCAUGUUAAGUUCAAUAAGUCAUCUAUCUUGAAUAUUUUGUGGCCUACAUUAUAUGAUCGUGUAUUUGUGUCAUGUUUGUAAUAUUUUGUUAAAGGAAUAUAGGUUCACUGAUAUCUUGAAUUCUAAUUAUGCAGAACAGGCAAAAGCAAAAUUUUGGAUGGUCCCCCACCACCACCACCACAUCCCCCCUUUUUUAUGUGCCUGAAAUCACCAUAUGAAAGUGGGUCCAAUUAUUACAGUAGAUGAUAACAUGCAUAAUUUGGAUAUGGUUUACAUACACGCAAUGUAAUUUGCAAUUAUUGAAAAAGUUGAAAUCAGUAGUAAGUAACAAAGACAUGUUAUAAAAGGUCCAUAUACACCAGCAGUUGCAAUGGUACAAAGCUAGUUAACAGUGCAAGUCAUGAUUUUCCCACUCAUCUAAACCAUGUACAAAGAAACACAAUACAUUACAAUGAUACAUGUUACACACCAUUAAAUCUAAAGUCACCUGUAUGUCUUCCUUUGUUCAAAGGAGGCUUAGAAAAAUGCCCUACUUCCAUAGAACACCCGAGAGCCUGUGGUUUUCGAUGCCUGUAUUUUUUUAUCACUGUUGUUAAGCUUUGGCCUGCAACGCAACAGCAGACCUGCAUUGAAGCUGAACCAGUGGAGCAGCAGCAUUUUGUUCAUUUGUAACUUGCCUUGGUUGCUUUGUAAUUUGACUUCAAGUUAGUAAGAUUUGUUGUUGAUUUGAAUUUGAUGUAAUGGCUGAUAUGUCAGCUUCUUUUGUGUGUAAUUUAAGCCUAGUUUUAGUCAAAU